UUUUAUUGUUGUUAAUUCAUUAAUAAAUUGUGCCAGUUGUCAUAUAUCAUCAAGCUGAAUUCAAUACAAGGAUUCAAUGAUGUCAUCAGCACAAGUUGAUCGUCCGACAAAAGUAGGUCAUCAUCAUGUAAAUAAAAAAGAAUCGGAAAAAUCACGUAAAACUUUUACUCAACAAUCAUCAUCACACAAUAAAAAACAUAAUAAACCUGAUGAGGGUCGUCAUUUUAAAUUUGGUCGUAAGCGUACUCAAAGUUUUAGUGGUAAUGGUAAAUUUUUUGCACCUUAUAAAAGACGUAAAAAAGAUGGUGUUAUAAUACCACCAACAAAAUUUUUACUUGGUGGUAAUAUAUGUGAUCCUCUAAAUUUAAACAGUAUGCAAGAUGAAGAAGUUAAUAGAGCAAUGAAUGCUGUUACACCAAAAUCAAGUCCAUUACCAACACCAAGACAUCGUAAAGAAGUUAUUGAAGUUAUAAUACCACCAAAUCUUUGUGAUCCAUUAAAUUUAAAUAAUCCAAUGGCUGAUAUGGAAGAAUAUGAAAAACAAUUAAUAUCACCAACUAAAAGAGGCUUAAAAAAACGUCAUAGAAAACGUAAACGUGCAUCAUCUGGAUCUGGAAAAGAAGAUGUUAUUGAACCACAAACAACAGUGCCAUCAACAACAGCAUCAGCCACAAUAACAACAUCAACACCAGCAAUAAUAAUAACAACAACAACACCAACAGAAAAUGUUGCAGUAGCAUCAUCAUCAUCAACAAUAACUGCAACAACUGAAACAAUAACAACACCAAUAAUUACAUCAUCAUCAUCAUCAACAACAGCUGCAGCAGCAGUAGAAUCAACAACAACAGUAAAUACAAAUUUAAUUGAACAAAAGACAUCUAAAGAUACUAUUGAUAUUGAUGAAAAGAUUUCAGCAAAAGAAGAAAAAAUAAUAAAACAAGAACAAGACAAUAAUAAUUCAACAACUGAUGUUGUACAAAUUGUUGAUUUACAAUUACCAGAAACAUCAGUAUCAUCCAAAGAACAAAAAAUUGAUAGUCCACAAAAAGAUAAAAAUAAAUUACGUUUAAAAGGACUUGAUGAUAUUAAAGACAAACGUUUAAGAAAAGUUGAUAUUAAAGAUAAAAUAGUUAGUCCAGUUAUACCACAACCAGGUGCAUGGAAACGUUUACCACACAGAUCAAAUCAAGAUAAAAAAAAAAAAGGUACACCACCAUUACCAAAUUUUCGUAAAAAAGAUGAAAGAUAUCAGUAUGGUAAUUAUGAUAAAUAUUAUGGAUAUAGAAAUUUACAUCUUGAAAUUGAUCCAAGAUUAACUGUAUUUUCACAAAGAAAAGAAUUAUUUUAUGGUAAAGAUGUACUUGAUAUUGGAUGUAAUAUUGGACAUAUUACAUUAUCAGUUGCUAGAGAUUUGGCUGCACAUAGUGUUACUGGUAUUGAUAUUGAUCGUAAAUUAAUUGGUAUUGCUAGAGCAAAUAUUAAACAUUAUGUUAAUUGUGUACGUUCACCAGCUAGUAAUCAAGAUAAUGAUGAUAAUAAUAAACGUGAAUGUGAUACUAGUUUUUUUCCAAUGUCGAUGCCAAUUAAUUAUGGACCAAUUGAUGUUCCUGGUUUUACUAAAAAUAAAGAUCACAAAGGUUUUCCAUACAAUGUCACAUUUGUUCAGGGUAAUUAUAUAUUAGAGGAUGAUUCAUUAUUGACAUCAGAGCAGCCACAAUUUGAUACAAUUUUGUGUCUUUCAAUAACAAAAUGGUUACAUUUAAAUUUUGGUGAUGCUGGAUUGAAACAAGCAUUUAAAAGAAUGCAUGCACAAUUACGCCCAGGUGGUGUACUUGUUUUGGAAUCUCAACGUUAUGAUAGCUACAAAAAAAAGAAAAGAUUAACAGAACGAAUAUACAGGAAUUUUCAAAAUAUUCAAUUUUUCCCAGAUAAAUUUACUCAGUAUUUAUUGUCAUCUGAAGUUGGUUUUACAAAAUGUGAAGUUGUAUCAAUUCCAUGUCAUCCAUCAAAAGGUUUUCAACGUCCAGUUCAUUUAUUUACUAAAGCUGGUACAAGUCCAGAACGUGCAGUAACAUCAUUACGUUAUAUAGCAAGACAAGCUGAAAAAAGAGCAUAUGAACUUCGUGUAUUUGAACGUGAUUUAUUUCCACAUGAAGUUAUUAAAUUUGGUAAUUUAUCUAGCCAACGUAGUAUUGAAUCAGUUGGUCAUUAUGAACGUUUAGAAAAUGUUUAUGCACCAAGUACAACACCUUGUUAUGAUACACCAAGUCAUAAUAAUGAUAGUCAAUCAUUUGAACCAGAUAAAUCAUGUCAUGUUUAUGCUGAUACUAAACAAAAUGAUACGACAAUUAAAUUAAAUGAAGAGCCAGAAAAUUUAAGACUCAAAGAGCUUAGAAAACGUAUUACUUGUGAAUCACCAAUUAGUACAAAUGAUGAUAAUACUACAAAUGAAGAUAAUAAAACACAACAAAAUCAUGAAACAAAAAAAGAACAAAAUGAAGAUAAUAAUGAUAUUCAAGAAGCAUCUUCAUCAUCAUUUGUUGAACAUGAAAAAACAAAUGAAAAUCAAGAACAAUCUACAUCAACUUCAGAUGAAAUAAUAUCUAAUAAUAAUUCAGUAAGUACGAGCAAAACAUCAGCCACUGAUAAUACAUAACUUAAAUUUAUUUUAAUAAUAACAAAAGUAAUUUAAAAAACAAACAAACAAUAAUUAAAUAGUAAUAAUUAACUAGCAAGAAUAUUUUAUUUUAUUCUUUAUAAAUUUUUUUUUCUUGAGGUUUAGAAUUUUUUCUUUUUUUUUUGAUUUGCUAAUAAUCAACACAGAUAAAUUUACAGCUAGUCGAAUUUUUAUUUUACUUUUGUUUUUUCAUAUUCUGUAUGAUAGCAAAAAAAUAUAUUAUGAAUAAAUUAAAAAAAAAAAAAAACAAGGAAAAAGGGAAUGUAUGAUGAAAAUUGUGAUUGAAAUUUUUUGCUUGGAGCUAAAUUAUUAUUAAAAUCAAUAAUAAUAAAUUUAUUAUUAGUAUUUUUAAAUUGAUUAUAUGGUAAAAUAAAAUAUCAAAGAAUUUAGAUAAUAGUUUAAAUAAUUAAUAUGGUUUUUUUUUUUUUUUUUUUUUUCUUUUGAAAAAUCAAUAUUAUUUUUUUCAAGGUACUUAUAAGUGCAAAGUUUUCGAAUUACAUAUGAUGAGGGUAUAAUAAUUUUAUGGUUUCCAAUGAAAAGUGUAAAUUGUAAAAAAAAAAAAAAUAAUUAGAAAGAAAAACAUAAACAGAAAAAAUUUAAGUUUGUGCCUAUAUUGUCUUUUUACUGAAGAUAAACGAGCUUAUGGCUCAUUUAAAAUAAAAUGGUUUAAAGACUGACCUUUUGGCUUUACUAGAAACAAAUGCCGAAAAAUUAAGAUAUUAAAUUUACAAGACAAAAAGGAAAAAAAAAAUAAAAAUACCGUCAAUUGUAUAAUUGAAUUUGAUUUAUUUAAAAAUUUUUUUUCUUCUUUUUUUCAUGCAUUAAAAAAAGUGAUGAUGAUAAUUGUUAUUUAUUAUUUUAUUUAUAUUUUAUAUCAUCAUACGUUAAAUUUUUAUAGUAACUAUUACUUUUGUUAAAAUAAACAAUAUAAAAAAUAUAAUUUCAGAUGGAAAAAAAAAUUGAUAAUAGAAUGAAAAAAAG